AUGGGUGCCAACGGAUCAUGGGGAUUGAAAAUCUGGAGCGGUGAGCGAGACGUUGAUCGACCGGGGCCCGAGAACGACAUCGAAGUCGACAUAAUACUUGUGCAGGGACUUGCCUCUGAUCCAAUCUGGGCUUGGCGUAGCCAGAAGCCACGUCCUGCUCGAGAAAGAGCUGCAAGACAAACGUCAGGGUCGGCGAGUCUCCACGCUUUGGUAGAUGACAGAUACUGCUUCUGGCCGCGAGAUUUACUCCCGAUGGACAUCCCUCGUGCUCGCAUCUGUACGUACGCAUACCAUUCUCAACACCAGAGUGCCCAAUUCACUACAAACAUUAGCGAAUGUGGCAAUCAAAUGCUAUACUACUUGAGCGUGAAACGCGAUACUGGUCGAGCUCGAAGGCGGCCCAUCAUAUUCGUUGGACACAGUUUUGGCGGUUUGGCUCUGGCCACCGCUAGAAGUGAUGGUCGUUUUCACGGAAUUGCCGAAUGCUGUGUUGGCAUAAUAUUUCUCGGCACACCAUUUCGAGGCACACCCUUUGCUGGUCUUCUGGACUUCUUCAACAGAGGUCGACGCAACAAGCAGCCUGUAAUUGAAGCAUUGAAGCCGGACAGCAAGGAGCUGCAAGACCUACAGCAGCGAUUCCGGGCCUCUCUCAGGCCAAACUCUCCUCGCAUCCUGGUCUCGCAAGAGUCUGCAUGCCUGCCUGGUGCGUUGCACGUGGCCAUGCACGCAGAUCACAGAGGCAUGAACAAAUUUUCCGGAUCUGACGACCCAAAUUACAUUCAACUUCGCCUUGAACUAAACGUUAUGUGCGGCAGGGCGCUUGAAUUUCUGGCCCAGCAACGCCGAAUAGAUCCCGUCACUGGUGUGGGGAUCCCUACCCGUCCUCACGAUCAACCUCAAGCGACUUCUUCGAAGCCUACACCUCAGCCUUCAUCUUCUCAAUCUCUGCCGAGUCCGACGCACCCGUUGCCUGCCCUAUUCCGACGUGAUCUGGAGGACGACGAAGCAUCAAUGGAGGACCACGAAGCAGAGCGACAUCGAUAUGACUCAGACAGCAUUUUUCUAGAGGUGGAUGCAAGUUCUCUUACCGAAUUUGUCACCCAAUUUCGCUACCUUCUGAGGCAGCCUGCCCCGAGCAUGAUACCCACAUAUCAUCUGGGUCUCUUAGAAGAAAUGGCAAAAAUCGCGCGAGUCUUCUAUACUCGUUGUCCUCUCUUGUUCUCGAUGAGCACUCGAGAAUGCAUCAGGUACGGCAGUGACGUCAGUCACGGUGUCGACAACAAUCCGGGCUUAGGCACAAUAUGUUCAAGCAAAGAUAUUCGACAGGUCAUCAGCGUCACUACUGCUUUCUUCAAUGCAUUGGAUUCAAGAGUGUUGACCAAAGGCGACGUUCGUGCCAUCGUUCGACAGCGAUUCCUCCAGAUGAUGAUCUUGUUGCUGUCAAUGCUGAGCGAAGCUGACGCGUUCCACAUAUCAUCCUUGCUCCGGAACACCUAUAAAAUGAGGACGUAUAGAGCGGAUCUGGAAAUCUUGUUCCUGAGGACAAUACCACUGUCUGCGGUCAAUCCAAAGGUUUUCCUGUUCUACUCGGUAUCUGCUGUGGUUGGCCAAUCCCUACCGGAUUUAGUCGGGCACAAAGCCUACUGGGAGUAUUUGCUACAGGAGCUAGCGAAACAAGGUUAUUUGCUGCCGGUGAACUUCAUCGAGCUUCGCGGUGACACACAGACCUGGCUACCAACGUGGCCGAACGAAGGGCAUCGCUCAAACGGUGUAUUUGGGAGGCUACAGUUGCACGGUGAAGAGCCGAGAGGGUUUAACGAGACUCUGCCCUUCAUUGUGGAAGGCCCCGACUAUCCUGAUGACUAUGUAUCCAGGAAAAACCUUGAUGUGUGGUAUGAUUACGAAGUGGACUUCAAAACAGAAUGGAUGUUUCUAUUCAUGUAUUCGCAGAGGGACACUGUGGUCACGGCGGGCUGGUUGUGUAGCCAGGCCGUGGUGAAACUUCAGGCUUCGGGAAUCACACUAGUGCUCAGUCCACUGAAGCCCGCGCUACCAUCCUCGCUGGACGAAGAAAUUGAUGUGGGAGAUAUAGUGCUACUCUGCGGCAGAUAUAUCAUCAUUAUUGCCCGGAGCGAACGAGUCCCGCCUGUUACAUGGGAGGGGCUGGACACGUUCGAAAUGCUCAACUGGAUGGAGAUCCAGAGUGUCUCACAAGGAGAUCACCAAGGAGACCAUCAAGGAGCACCCGAACGACACCUCACCGUCAUCCUGUGA